UAGAUGUAUACGCGGAUGUAAAGUUCAAGGAUCUUUACUCUGGCAAAAUUUUUUACAAAAAGCAAUACAGAAAGAAUCAUAUGACUAGACAAUUGGUCGUCAAUGACGAAAACAGAUGGAUUAACAUGGAAGCUACAACAAUUAAUUGUCAACUGUAUAGGAUAUAUGGCUGGGUAAAACGAGAACAAAGGGCAGCCCAUAAAAUUAAAGAUGGAAAUGGAGAAGUCGCUAUCAAAAAUGAAGAUACUGGAGAUAUAUUAAAUCUUAUAAAAGAUACAGACACGCCAACUCCAAUCCAAAAUGGUUUUUUGGUGAGUGCAUUCCGUUACUGUCUAAGUUACGAGUUAGUAUUUAGUACAUCUUGUAUCAGGAACAAACCUGAGGGCUGAGGCUUUCAUCAUAAUCUUAAAAAAUUCAAUCAAUAUAGACCAUUUGCAGAAAUAUACUGGAGCGUAUAACAUUAUUCAUGCAUGCCUCGAUUUCAUUCUUAAAACUGAAACAUUUGUUCGCUUCUUUCUCCCCACUUGAAGCCUAUAAUUAUGUAGUGUCGUACCACUUACUACUAUUCAAAACCUAAAUAACAUUCAUUUCGUUUAGAAUUACGUCACUUUUUCAACAGUUCAAUAACCGAGGACGUAGUUCACAAUCAGUGCGGUAUCAACGUACUGUGCGUGCAUGACCUCGCUAUAUUGAUGAUAAAAUUUGAAUAAAGUCAAUCCGGAGGAAGUCGCAUUCACGACCCAACUUUCCAAUACUCGGGUCGGGAAUGUAUUUUCUCAAAUUGCAUUUCAUUUAUUUGAACCAGAGUAGCGAUCACUGCGAAACAUGUCAUAAUAAUUAUAAAGUUCGUUUUCACUCGUUGCAAAAACCAACUCGCAAGCUUGCUGCGAGUAUUUUCAUCCAAUCAAAAUGCUCGACAGUUUAUUAGAUGGAAGCACUCCCAACGAGCUUGCAAGUUGGUUUUGAGAUGAGUGGAAAACAGCCUUAAAAACUGGUUCCCUGAACUCACAAACUUUAGAUCCUAGUUGCCUCCUCUCCCACUUACCCCUAUAGAUAAGUUAUAAUUAUGUAUAUAUACAAUAAUGAAAAAUACUAAACGAACUUUUCUUUCUCAUAGCAACCUUUUUCAGUGGAUUUGCAUGAAAUUUAUAACGGAAAUGUUGGUAAACCAGUUUUUCAAUUGUCCAAGUCGGACAAAGAGCGGAAACUGAACAUAUUUCAGUUAGUUAUACAACUGGAAUUUAUUGAUGGUUCGUUAAGCCAAAAAUUUACCAGUCCAGCAUUCAACUUGCGUACACUCGAGACAGAACCAGGUAAUCGUUAUUUCUAAUCAAGUAUUGCAAUCUUUAGCGUACGCAGUACAUGUGUCUAAUGCUGAAAUGUAGUUUUUGUAGUGGUUUCAUUUUUUGCAGUGGAAUAUUAAUAUUAUUUCGCUGCAGCAAAUGUGGCCUGCGUAGCAGGCGCGCGUUUAGUGCCGGCGGGAUAAGAGACGGCGUCGUCGAGGAAACGCCUGCCCGAAUGGCUAUGACUAUUAUGUGUUUUCGCCUGUUAAGGGUGAUUAACGUUUUGUAAUUAGCGCCGUCGCCGGUUUACCCAUUAUCCAGUUAUAGUCGAGAGUUAUAUUCAGCAUCAUGCAUCUUUUUGUUCGGCAACUAGGGAGAUUUUAUGCUAUUUUAGACAACACAGAGCCAUUUUAUCUUUUAAAAGGCUUCUGAUCACCGUUGUUUAACGUAUUUUGCCGUAGCAAAUAACAGUAUAUUAUGUCAAAGAGCAUAUGUCUUGAAAUGUUGUUCUUAAAAUCAUCGUCCAACUUCAUAUCUGCAAUGCCAAGUGAUGUAGCCUCAGCUAUCUGGUCUUGAAUUAUACUUUUAGGAGGACAAAUAGCAAGACAAAUAUAAGAAAUAUUCGAUCCCUGCUCGUGCUGGCUAGAUGGCAAGCUUUGAUUUGGCGACUGAUGUUUAAUUGAAAGAUCAAACUGUUUCCGUAUCCCGUAGCGUAGGAAGAAUCGCGAUAACGUCUUCACCACGUAGCACAUUAAUAAUAGACUUUCUCUGUUCUGGUUUCAACUGAAUUUCGAAACCUAAAAGACUUGAAAUUAUAUUAUAUUUUUUAUGAGAAUAUAUUCGCGGGCAAAAAUAUUUUUGAGAUUAGCAGGCGUGCAGGCCCACAGAUGGAAGAAUAGUGGGCCUGCAAGGGAGACCGGGUGUUUUGCAAAACGCCCCUUUUGACAACACGGCCCAUUCGAGGGCCUCUUUUAAGGAUGUGUAACUGGAGGGGACAUAUAUUUAGCGGGGGACCUCGAGAAGUUCCUGUCGCGGCAAGUCUGUAUCACUGCAGGUACCAGCGUAUAUAUGCAUGGUUUAACUAAUAGGUAUACGUCAUAGGACAACAGAUCAGGCCGUAACUAGGAUUCUGAGACAACCGAGUCGACCACCGAAGGUGGGAGCAUCUACAGGGAUCUGGGGGCACGCCCCCCCCCCCCGAAAAUUUUGGAACUCUUGAAGCUCAGAUAAGCUAUUUCCAGCAUUUUGAAGAGUUUUUCAACAAAAAUUAACCUUAUAAACAGUGAUACAAUUACUGCAAUUUCACAGUUUCCCAAAUGUAAUGAAUGGUGUGAUGAUGCGGUAAUGAAAAUGUGCCUGGUAUAGUAUUAUCAUUCACCACACUUCAAAUUCUACAGUACUCUAUUACAUGUAUUGGGGUACUUGAAAUCGACGCAUUUGUCUUCUCAGUGUCACUGAAGAGCAAGAUAGGGUAGUCUCUUUGGAGUAUCUUUACUUGGAAAAACUAAACAUCGUCCUAAAAUGCCAUUUCAUGCCUUGUUCCAGGAGGAAAUUAUUUCAGUCAUGGUUUACGUUUCUGACGAUGUUUAAAUUUCAGUCCCCAAAUUCUGGCCUACCUAGUCAACGGACUCGGUUGACUCAUACAGUAGCUACAGUAGUUACGGGCCUGCUGAUGAUGGUCAAAUUCAGAAAUGUUAACAAUUUAACAUCAUUUUCUCACUUUGAUACGUAAUUCCUGGUUGACCACCUACUGCAACUACCUCUUAGGGACCUCACUGGGGGCAAAUUGCCGACUGGAGACAUGCCCCCCCCCCCCGCCCACAGUCUAUAUGUUAAAAGAGGCCCUGCUCCACUCACGCGUCAAUUGUCAAAAAAGAACAAAUGAACAGCAACCCAAAUGGUAAACAAACUCGCAUUAAAAUGUUGCGGGGUUUUCUCUGCGUAUUCAGAAUAGGAACAAUGUGUAAAGGACUACGUUUAACUCCGAAAAAGCAAGCAAACCAGCCACCUUCAUGAUCAAAUAAUUAUCGAAUUUGCAAGUGCUCAUCUUCAAUUAAAUUCGGAACCGGCAAAUUAGGACGACUUUCAACAGAAAACCUGUCUCAAACUUCAAAUCGUGAGGCCCGAAGUCGUGCGACUACAUUAAUAGCAUUUUUAAAUUUGUGCUUCUAUCACCAUUGUUAUAAAUAAAUUGUCUCACCUAUCAGAUCGUUAUUGCAAUUCGUGUGGGCGGAAAGUACGAAAUUUAUUUCAUUUAUUUAAUUCGGUCAGUAAAGAACUCGACAUGAGAAGAGAGCAUAACCCCGUAUUUUAGCAGGUUUUUGGAAAAAACGUCAAUGAAGACGUGAUCGUUUAUGAUAGAAUUUUACUCUAAGGCAAAGUGACUACAAGUUGUUCUCUUGAGCAUUAUAGUACGCUAUUACGGUAGUUGUUCCUGCAAAUUGCUACGUUAUUUCCAUCGUGUUCACGCGGCUUAUAUAACCAUGCAUGGCAACAUUUAAAACGUUCGUGGGAUGGUUUAUAUAGAAUUCACUAACUAUUGCUACACUUUAAUUAAGGGUUGUUUGUAAAGAAAGAUAAGUUCUUUCAAGAUGCAAAUAAAGAUUAGUUGAAUGCAUGUUUUGGCUCACAAAAGUAUAAGUAAUUUUCGUAUCUGCCAUUCCAUAUUCUCUAAUCCCUAUUGUAAGAAUCAGAGCAUUCAGAGAAAACUAAUCAGUCUCUGCAUGCAUGCAACAACCUGUCUAAUAUACAGCAGCUACUUACUCUGUUUGACUGUUUCCAAGUGGUUAAUAAAUUAAAUGUACACUUACUCAUGGCAAUCAUACAACUGAUGAACUUUUUUUUGUUAUUUAGUUGCGAAAAAACGACGCUUGCCAGGUGACCAUGAAAGUGCAACAGGUAUAGCCUAAUGGCCAUUUUAAUUUUUUUACAUACAUUUUUUUACAUGGCUGACGUUGAACGCCAAAGUAUAUAUAUACUUUUAAAGACAACUUUAUGGAGAAGUUAUUUCACAUUGAAAGGAAUUUCGAAAAUCUAGAAAAGGUUCCUGGCACAAUAGUAAUUGUUUUGUUUUGUGGAUGAUAAUAAUAUGUACAAGCAAAUAUUCUUGGACUACGAGUGACAAUAUUUCCAGUGCAGCUAAACUAGAAAUACAUGCAUGCAACAACCCCUCGCCUAUAUUUUCCAAACAUUGUUUCCAAUCAACAUGAAGUAUUGGUAAAUACGCCAACACUGAACGCAGGCUCGCAUUGGUCACGCUAUUUUAGCCAUGGUACGCCACCCUCCAUAAAUCCUUUGUCUCACCUUCAUCCCCUAGCCAACGGUAAGGAGCGCCGUUCCGGGCGUAAGCGCGGAACGAGGAUACUAAUUCCGCCCGGCUAUUUACCCCGAAGAAAGGACAGCAAUAACGAAUUAGUCUAAAGUUCAUCAAUGAUUGCGGGCGUGGAUUACCGUGUGUGGUUGGGUGAGUGGUCAUCACUGAUCUCAUAACAUAGCGGACUGUCAUCAAUAGCGAACACUUAUUGGUCCAACUUAAGAUUUGCAUUAUAACAACUGCUUGACAACAGCGAAAUAGAAAACAUUUCUUGAUUUGACGAUUUCUUGCAAAUAUACAGUAUUUCAAUUUUGCAAGACUUUGUAAAUUUCAAAAGCUUUUUGAGGAAACAAAAGGCGAAAGAAUUCCUAAAAUUAAAGAAGGGAGUAAAGACGCCGACGUUAACGAAAGUGAGUUUGUUUUAAAUAUUGAUGUAUUGUUCCCUUUAUAAUUGCUUUAAAAGCUAAUCAUUGUGUAUUUUAAAUGAAAAAAGACAGCAUAUUAUUUCAAUGUAUCUGUAUAGGCAAAGUUAUUUGAAUGCGAGAAUUUGAAUUAUAAUUAUGACGUAGGCCUGUAAUAACAUACCCAACAUUAUAUGUUUGGGAAAUUGAUGUUGUAAUUAAAAGUGAUAUUUUUAGAGGAUAAGAUUUUUCAUUUGUAAAAAUAUGCUAAACAAAAUUAUCGUGUUACCAAAACAACUAUAAAUACAUGUUCGGCAAAUACAAUUAGCUUUGCGAAGGGUUUCUUCAUGCAAGUAUUUUCUAGCUAAAUAUUAUUCACCGAGAUUGCACAUUUCACCUAAGCUAUCCCUAUAUAUGUUGAACAAUUAUUUAUUUCUGGGGCUGGUUGUAUAAAACUCUUAAUCACUUUUUUAAUCACUAUUUUGUAGUUAAAUAGUGAUUAACUCUCAAAUACGCGCUUCUUAUUGGAUGACAUUUCCACUAAUUAUAGUUAACUUUAAUCACUUUUUUAUACAACCGGCCCCAGUUCUUUAAUUAACGGAUUGUUUACUUAACAGAAGAUAAAUAAGCAUGUUAUCGCUCCCUAACAUAAUUCUUUUACCAUCGGUAAAAAUUCAUAUUGAUUUUUAAGGUUCUCCUAGUGGAUCCGGAGGAUCUGAGGACAGUGGAACGUUUGAAGAUGGUAAGUACUAAGAGGAGAAUCUUUUGUAUGUAUGAUAUGUAACACGAACUCAAACAUGGGCGUACCGGAAGGAAAAAAUUAGGGGGGCAUGAAAUUUGCCCGACUUUUGGGCAUUCUGCCCGACUAGUAGCGAAAAAUUUUUUCCGGAAAAAUUAUUUUUGCGACGACACCCCCCCCCCCCCCGUCGCCAAUUUUCGGUCAGUGUACCAUUUUAGGGGUCAAAAAAAUUUCCGGACAUACCAAAAUUGUUCGGAACAUCACACACAUUUUCCAAACAACACAAUAUUGACCACAAAAUUGACUGAAUUUCCGACAAAAUUGACAGAAUUUGUCCCAUUUAUUUUUUAAUAAACCAAAAUUGCCCGACUGUUGUUCGAAUAUUGCUCGACUGCCCAACAAACUGGGGGGCCUACCGCCCCGCCCGGUACGCCUAUGCACUCAAAACUAAUGCAUGCAUACUUUUCCACUUUGUUAUGACUAUAUUCAUUUUUUAAAAUUUUUGGUACGUUUCUCAAGCGACAAACAAGGUUAAAAAGUAUGUUUAGUGCUUUAUCUGUAAAAUUAUGUUAAAAUGAAGAGAUUUUUAAUGGUAUGCCAAAGAGAAAAUGAUAUCUGAAGCAGUGACCUGUUUGGAACGAUAACAUGCGGGCGGGGAAAAGCGAAGCCAAUGCCAACGCCACAGCUUAAGCCAACUUAAUACGCCAUACUUAAAUUGGUAACUAUCGGACGGCAAUCUUUUUAAUCGCCGCACGGUGACGGCGUACAACGGGACUGAAACUGACAUACUGUACUACAUGUAUAUGGCGCGGCAAUGAACCGCGCGUGGUGAUGGCGUAUAAGGAGACUGAAACUGACGUACUACAUGACGUGAAAAUGGCGUGGAGGGCUAGCUGACGCCACUGCUCACACGUUGCUCAUGGGAGGCGUCACUUUUUUACUGCGAAAUGACUGAAUGUUAUCGUCCCUAGUAAAUAGAUUGAGUUCGUUGCAGGUCUAAAGUUUAGUAAGUUUGGAUUAUAUUGCUGUAUAAAUAUGGCGUCAAUUUUACAACAUUAAUGAUAAUUGGAUUUAAAUUUACAAUAUUCAAGAUCAUUCAACUAUUAUUUUAUGUUUCUCAACCACCAGAUAUAUUUAAAAAGUUUGCUAACUAAUAUGUAAAAAUAAAGCUAAAACAAAGUAAUUUUGAGGGGGACGUCAAAAAUAUUUUAGGUUUUAAAUACUUUUCGUUGCAAAUACACGACAUUGAAAAAUUGCCACUUAAUAAAAACAAUUUUGCAGAUAAUUUUAGUUGAAUUGCUGCACAGCGUUGUUUAAGAUUGUCGGUUGGUGUUCGUUGUGUUGUUUGAGGUUGCACUGUGUUAUUUUGUGUUUCAGUGUGUUGUUUCGACUAGCCAUGCACUUAGUGUAUCAAGAUAUCAUGCUCUGGAAACUUAGGAAUCACUGUAUUAUAUUUUUGUUUGAGUUUAUGUUAAUUUAUGCACGGUCACAGUGAUUGAGUUUAUUGUAUUUUCGUAUAACGAAGUAGUUGUCCAAUAGGGAAAGCUGAGGUGAAAUAUGCAACCACGAUGAAUAAUAUUUAGUGAAGUUUGCGACAAAGAAUUUGUGCACGGUGAGAUACUCUUCAACCUCAAGUGUACCGGGCUUCCAGACAAUCAUACCUUGACAGAUUAUUGAGUAGCGCUAUGUUGAUUAUGCUGCUACGUGUUGUUUCAGUUUGCUUUGUGAAAUGUAUUGAGUUCUUUUGCACUGUUGAUUGAUUGAUUGAUUGAUUGAUUGAUUGAUUGAUUGAUUUGACUUUAUUUAAAGAGGGUAAACACUUGACAGUAUCCGCGAAGACACUGAUAACCUAGUGGCCCUCUAAAUUAGCUAGAUACAAUAUACAAAGGUUAAAAAUAUUAUAAAGUACUAUAUAGUUACACAAAAUUAAUAGAAGCCUUAUUAUAUUACAUAGUUAUGUUAGACUAGAAUUUUGUUACGUUAAAAGGAGCUAGAAAGUUUUUGCUCCUCUAAGAUUGAGUUAAAAAGUUUCGUUUUGAAACACUUAGCAUGGACGCUUUGUUUCAUUGUUGGAGGUAAUAAAAGCAUUCCAAUCCUUUAUUGUUCUUACACUAGACGUCCUCCCACCUUCAGUGGUCCUAUUGAAGUUUGGGCAGACGGAAUUUAAAUGAGACUAUCUCGUAUUUAAUGAAUGCACUUCUGAAUUUGUUUUUAAUAGGGAGUUUAUAUAGUUUGGAGUAAGACCGUUCAGGCGUUUGUAAGCCAGAGUACAUCGAUUUAGAUAUGCUUCAGUAUAGAAAAGCACCCAUUCCAAUGUGUUAAAUGUUGUAACUGAUGGAGCCCUCCUUUUCGCCUCGAGAAUGAUGCUAUUCCGGUUUUCGUUACGUAGCGUUGUCUUAUUUUGCUUUGCGUUGUCUUGCGCUGCGCUACGUUCCUUCUUGUUACACUGCGUUGUAUAAUGUUGCAUUUUUUUACGUGUGGCUGUUUUGUUCAUCGCCCUGCGAUUGGAUUGCACUGUGUUGUUUUGGGUUGCACUGUGUUGUAUAGGUUUGUUUUAGGGUUGUUUGGGGUUGCAGGUCCCCGAUUUAUGUUGCGCUACAUUAUUUUGAUUUGUGCUUCGUUAUUUGAGUUACCGGUACGCUGCGUAGUUUCGAGUUGUACGGCACUGUUUGAUGUUGUCACCAGUGGCGCCGUGGCCGGGUGGGGGGCAUGGCCCACCCUAUUGUUGAGACCCAUCGGAAAAUUGUCAAUGUUGUCGGAAUCUUCGAUCGUGGUGAAGCAUAUAGGAAAUCGGGUAAAGUGCUACGAAAGCAAUUGUAAUGUUAUUGUCCGGAAAAUUUAUUUUACCAACAAAGUUGUCGACGGAAGGGGGCACAUUUAAAAUGUUGUUGUCCGGAAAAUAUUUCUGUCGGAAAAGUACUGUCCUUGCCCCAACCCCGCCGCAAAGUUUUUUUUUCGUAGACAGUCGGACUCCUCAUUGAUUUCUCCACGCGUUUUGUUCUGGGCUGUGUACGUGUUAUUUCCUGUAGUUCAUCAAUAUUGAUAUAUUGAAUAUAUGUUGCAGAAAGACAGCAAAAGAUUCUGGUUGACUUGCUGGACGCCAAAACAGCAAUGGUUGAUAAAGUAGUAGUUAAAGAUCUAGAGGUUCAGGGGACAUGUAGUAUCAACACUACACGAGCUGACCUGGCAUACCACCUAACAUUGAAAGAACCUGAGAAAUAUGGUGAUCUUGAAGAAGGUGACAUUGUCGGCUUCUAUAAAGACGACGAAUCUGGGGAGACCUAUAUUCAGCGCCUGCGCAGUAAUAACAUUGAUCAUGCAUUGCAUGCUGGUGUUGUAAGCCGUUCUCAUUGGCUGGCUGGACACAAACCUCUUAAUCCAGGUACGAUUAUUUGAAACGCUUGUUACUAAAAUGGGGUUUGUGCUAGCCUGCAUAGCAGGCGUUUAGUGCGAGCGGGAGAAAGGGGGGCGUCGCUUGAGAAAACGCCUGCCCAAUUGGCUAUAGCAAAUUUGUUUUUGACCGAAAAAGCUUUGAAUAAGUUUUCCAUUGGUCAAUCUCGUUAACGGAAGUAAUUACGUAACUCAAAGGUCAACAAUAAUUUGCUCGCGUAUCGAAUAGCAGUUAGCCGUAUAAUUAUUUCUCCGAUAAAAAAUAUGUCUGUUAAUGCUUUGGAGGAAACUCUUUCUUAUAUUUCAAGUAUUUAGGCUUUAAAAUUCAGUUGAAACCAGAACAGAGAAAGUCUAUUAUUAAUUUGCUACGUGGUGAAGACGCCGGUUAUCGCGAUUCUUCCUACGGGAUAGGGAAAAGUUUGAUCUUUCAAUUAUACAAUCAAUGCUUGCUGCAUGCUAUUUUAAUAGCUCUGAUGCCAGCACGAGCAGGUAUCGAAUAUCUCUUAUAGUUGUCUUGUUAUUUGUCCACAAUACAGUAUAAUUCAAAACCAGAUAGUUGAGGCUACAUCACUUGGCAUUUGAGCUAUGAAGUUGGAUGGUGAUUUUAUAAUAUUUCAAAACAUGCUCAAUUGCUAUUUGUAAUAAGGCAGAAUACGUUAAACAACCGUUGUUCAGGAGAUGGAAGAUAGAAUCUCUGCGUUGUGACUGUUGUCCAAAAUAGCUUCAAAAACUCAUGAACAAUUCAUAAGGAAAACAAAAACAAAAUUUUUUGAAAGCUACUUCGCCAAUGAACUUACUAGAUCGAUCGUUUUUGAAGCAAUUUAAAACAUUCGCAGUGCGUGUUUUAUCAGACCAUCUUUAUAUCUGAUAAAACACUGCUGCUCAUGUUUUAAAUAGUACAUGAAAUAUCUGCAAAUCCCUAGCAACCUCGUUUCCAGGCUCUUCCCUCUUGUGGAGGAAAAAUCCUGGUCGGAGCUGGUCACGUGACCCAUAGAAAAUUGAUAGCCUAAGAGGGGGGAGUAUCAAAUUACAUGUUUCCACUUCCGCACUUCACAUUUCCAUUGCAAGGAGUGACCAUUCUGUUACAAUCAUCUUUGAGAAUCAAAUAUACUUCAAAAUGCUUGCUAAAUUUGGUUUCUGUUUGCUUUUAAAUUAGACAAACAUGCUAAAAUGCAGAUUCUUAUAGCAACAGACAAGUCAGGAAAUCAAGCAACGAAAACCUAUGACCGUAUUUGCCCUUUUAUUUUCUCGGGGUUAUUAUUUAUUCAAGUAAAGCCCUUAAUGGGAAAUGCCAAUGCCAAUGAAAGGUCUUUAUAUGAUUUAUAAUUACCUGCUGUAAAUUACCGUAAUACACGAAAUAUGAAAUAAUUUACUAUAAAGUAGAAUACCAGUGUUUGGUGCAUAUAUCGUCCUUAAAUAUUCAAUUAAGUUGUACCGUCGUGUACGUGAUAACAGAUAGCUAUAUACUUUGACAUAAUCUUUCUUGAUCGUUAAGUUUCAGUAGUGUAAAUGAAAGGAAUUUUAUAGUCCAUAACGGGUUUUAAUCCUGUGCUUUUACAGUCAAAAUAGCACGAUUGUUUACACACAGUUGGCGAUGUUUGGGAAAUCAAAGGAUCCCGUUAUAAAAUAAAUCCUUUGUUUUGAAUAUCGGACAAGAUACACAACUAUAAACAACCGUAUCGUUCGUUUAUACCCUUUGAUCGCACAGUCGGUGUGGAAGAUAUUGAUUUUUUACGGCGAUACGCGUGCCAAACUUUGCAAGUCAGGCGACAGGCGCGUUAUAGAGUGUUUUCCUUGGAAGUGAAACAUGAACCGCCGACUAAAAUCUGAUGUCUGGUUGCGAGCUUCUCGCUUGAAAUGAAACGUAACACUUAUUAUUGGUGACAUUCAGUAUAUAGCAGGAAGUCUUGUCAUGAUCGGUAUGAAUUUAGAACACUUCCUUUCGCAAUCUCUUGUUGGAAAUUACAUUUUUAUCACCCGAAAUUAUAGCACAUAAAGUUGCAAUUUUCCAAACGCAACAAACAGACUCCUCUACUACCCCUCCCUAAGAUCAAAUUCAAUUUACCCCCAAAAUCUGGGGGUUCAUGUGACCAGCUCCGACCAGGGUUUUUCCAUCACAAGAUCGAAGAGCCUAGGAACAAGGUUGCCCUACUAGUUGCCGAGCAAAAAGUAUGUAUGAUGCUAAAUAUAAAUAUCGACUUUGAUUGGAUAAUGGGUGAAGGUGCUAAUUACAAAACGUCAAUCAUCCUUAAUGGGCGAAAACAAAUUUGUCAUAGCCAUUUUGGUAGACGUUUCCCCAAUAGAUGCCCUCACUUCUCCCGCCCGCACUAAACGCCUGCUAGGCAGGCAAGGUUUGUGCAUAAACUUGUGGCCAUAGGUAUCUUAUAUACACUAGAUAGUGCAUCUAAUUAUUCAGCAAUUCAAAAAUUGAAGCCGUGAUUGCAGUCUCAGGUCGUUCCCAUGAAAUGAGAAGAUUCGCAUAUUUUCUAUUUCUUAAACAGGGAACUUAAACAUUAAGUUAACCCUAUUCCAAAUACGUUUUUAAACUAUUCAAAUAAUGAAAGUUAUUGUUGUUUUUAAGCAUUUAUUAGCAAGUGGGAACGACCAACAUGGCCGCCAUCUAUUCAAAUGGGGGUAACCGCUCUAAUAUUCUUGGCUUCAAUUUUACUAAAUGAGAAGCGCUAUCUAGUGUAUAUAAGAUAUCUAUGCUUGUGGCAUUACAAUGGCAUUCGGUGAUCGGAAUGUUCCGCUAUCUUAUCAUUGUUUUUAAGGAGGCUCCCUACAGUUAUUUUUGUUUACCCAAUAAUUCCGUAAAACAGGCUUAUUCGUGCAGAACGCAAAUUCUUUUCGACUUGGUGGCAAUAUCUUAUUUAUCGGUUACCUAAGGAAUAUUCAGAACUAGAUUUCGACAACGUCAGUGUUCCCAGGCAACAUGGCGAAAGCAUAAAGCCCUCCAAUUUAACCUAUAAAUGUGCCGCGAUCUAAAAAACGAUGUCGGUCACCUAUCUAAAGUUGAGAUUUACUUCUAUUGAGCCCAAUGCACCGCCAAAUAACUGCAAUAAGUACCUCCUUUAGUAACCCAUCCAUUCUUGAAGAAAGAAAUCUAUAAAUUCCCCUAUUCUUAGCUCCUCUAUCAAUCUCAACAAGCUAAUUCGUCUCAAACUUGCCGACAUUGAGAUCGCCCUUUCGAAAGGCCUAGCAAUAGAGGAUAUGGUUAUUGAACAUGUAAUGACACAUUGUUUGAAUUUGAAUAAUACUCUUCAGCUACCAAGACUGACACAAUCUGCGUUAUUGGUAUCGUCAACGUCAAAGUUGUUGGCAGUAUUGAGAAUGGAGAACGUAUUUACGCCUCUACAGAUACUCCUGGCAAAGCGAUACCGCAGUCACAUAUGCCCGUGGGCUCUUUCCUGCGUAAGAAACAUGUAUUGCUUGGUAUGGCUUUGGAAACGAAGAAAUCCAAGACACUUGACGAUGUACAUUUAGUAAAAUGUUUUGUGUGCAUAGUACUUGAUGUAAGCAGAAAGGAACUGCUAGAAGAGAUCGAAGAUCUUUACCAAGUUAAUGAGGAAAGAACAGCGCAACAGAUUAAAAUUGCCAACAAAAAGACGUGGAGAAGUAAGUUAUUGUUCAUCAGUUCAGUACAGUGAAACGAAUAUAACUGGAACGUUACCUUUAGAUAAACUGCCUAUCUUGAAGCCAAAUCUAACCAUAAUGCCUUGCAAUUUUCUCGCGAGACCAGUUCAAGGAGCGAGCAUGCCGGUUUAAUAAGAAAAAACUAAAAGUAAAACAUACUAGAAAGCUUACCUGAAUAAAUGCAUGCAUUAGUGAACCGUUUUGAGCGCUAUUAAAAAGCUGUUUUUAAUUUAAAGUCAAUUUGUUGAAUACAUAUUUAUGUUGACGGAUUGACCGUACUCUUUGUUUGCGUGAAAAGACUGGGACUCAUGGCCUUUUAUGUUUGGCUUAAAAUUUCGGUUGCAGGUAGCGUUCCAGUUAUAAACUAUAUUCAUUUCACUUGUUCAGUAGGUUAAUUCAUGUUUUUGCCUCACCUGACAAACAACUUUGCUUACAACGUCAAAAUGGACCAUUUGCAUUAUAGACUAAAUUCUGAUCUAGACAAAAAUUUCAUCACAGCUUGAAAGAGCAUCACAAAAUUAGUAAUAUUCCAAAGUUUCGUUGCGAAAUGUUGUAAAAUGCGGAUAAUAUAGCCUUGCGAAGUUUGCCGUUUUUCAGUCAUUUUGUAUUACGCACGGGAAAUUGACAGUCCAAUCGGGUGUUGGGGCAUCAAUUUCCCGUUUGUAAUACAAAAUGACUGAAAAUUGCAAAUUUCGCAAGGCUAUAGACCUUAUUCAUAAAUCGUGACGAGGCCUCGUAUCCUAGGAUACGGGAACAAAACUCGGGAAAACAAGCGAAAACUGCUUGACAAGCCAAAUUCAGAUGCUAUUGUGUGGAGUUCAACGGCUUUGUUUCUUGUUGCUUUUUGCGAUUUAUAACGAUUUUUGUGUGUAUAUUAAGACUUUGUGCCUACAACGAAAGCAGUAAACGAAUAUAUUAUAAAAGCGAUCGGUUUUUCUCCCGUUUUUGUGUGGAAAAAAUGCCAACGUAGCGAUGGUGUUUAUCCAGAAGCGAAAAACAGUAUUUUACUGAGAUUUUAACGUCAAUAUAAAGGUUAUUCCGUGAAAAAUCAAGACAACUAUGGAAUGAAAGUAUAAUUUUUCAAAUUUGACAGUAUUAUGAAAGAAAACAACAGGUCAAAAAUCACAGAGAACGUCAAAUGCUAUUGAUUCGUACGGAAAAAAUAUGAACUAUGGCCGUGGCUCGAUAACAUUCUGCAAGCAGCUUACAAGUUUAAAAAAUGAAGGCUACAUUACCUGAGUGAGUUGUAAUCCUGUUUCGUCAACAAUAGUUUCAUAUUUCUUACGAUUUUGGUGUUGUAUAGACGUUUCGUAGCCUUGUUGGUUGUUUGUUUGUGCCAUACAAACUUGACAAUAAUACAAAGUCAAAGGUUUCCUUUUUCGAUUGACUCCAGCAUCUUUUGCUUUAAAUAUCUUGUUAUAUUUUCUCAGAAGUAUUUUUUUUAACUUUCAAGCUCAGUUUUAUAGAUAUUAUUUUCGAAAAAAGCCGUAAUAUUCACGAAAAAAGCCGCCAUAGCCGACAGCAAAAAAAGCAUUUUGUCAAUUUUCCCGCGUUUUCCCCCGUUUCCUAGGAUACGAGGCCUCAUCACGAUUUAUGAAUAAGGUCUAUAUUAUCCGCAUUUUACAACAUUUCGCAACGAAACUUUGGAAUAUUACUAAUUUUGUGAUGCUCUUUCAGGCUGUGAUGAAAUUUUUGUCUAGAUCAAAAUUUAGUCUAUAAUGCAAAUGGUCCAUUGACUGACGCCUGUAAGUAUUAACGGUUUUUAAUAAACUAUCAAAGGAUAGCUUAGUACAAACCGUUAUUAGUUACCGGCGUAUAUUAGUUACUAGCGUACCUUUUUCAUUAUCGAAAGCAAUGCAAAGUUAAUAGGCAAUUCCCAUUGUAGACUAAUUUUUAGACUAAGCAAGGAGAUGCAAAUAAAUCACAACAGCUAGAAAGAACAUAUUAAAAUUAGUAAAAAUGCAAAGUUUGGUUGCGGAAUGUUGUAAAAUGAGGAAAAUAUAGCCUUGCAAGUUUUCAAAUUUUGUAUACCUUUGUAUUGAGUGCGGAAAUUGCUACCAUUUUCGGCCCAAAUGUGGUAGGAAUUUCCGCACGCAAUACAAAAGUAUAUUAAAAGAUACAUGCAUGCCGAAACCCCUCGCCUUGCUGACAAAACCAUUGUAUUUUCCGAACAUGAAGUAUUUAAAGUAGUUGUCAUGGUAACACGAUAAUUUAAGAAUACUUUUCCAAAAUGAAAAAUUUCCUAAAAAUAUGACUUUUAAUUACAAAAUUUUCAAUUCCCCAAACACAUAUAUGUUAGAUAUGUUAUUAUACGUAAUAUAUGCUUCGAUUUAAGGUAAAAUUCAACCACAAACGCUUCGAAAAAUGAUUUAAAAUGUUCUUUAUAAAACUAACCUGCCUUUGUUUGAAACGAUAAACUUACUUUCGUCAACGUCGGCGCCUGCAAUUCUUUCUCCUUUAUUUUAUCAAAAAGCUUUUGAAAUUUACAAAAUCUUGCAAAAAUGAAAUAUGCUUGUGUGAUGUUACUCUGAGUGGAUAUCCACACCGGGCAGGCUUGAAAAAUAUACCUGGCCACGGUGUGAUUCGAACUACGACCUUUGGAAUACUGCCCAAUGCUCGGCCAACUGAGCUACGCGGUCAGGUCGGUUCGAGUAUGCGAUAUUUCGGAACUGAGUCUAGUUCCUUCAAUAUCAGUGUAAUCUAAUAAUCACGAAAUUUGCUGUAUUGGUGAUAUCGAAAGAACUAGACUCAGAAACAUCGCAUACUCGAACCGACCUGACCGCGUAGCUCAGUUGGCAGAGCAUUGGGCUAGUAUUCCAACGGUCGUGGGUUCGAAUCCCACCGUGGCCAGGCAUAUUUUUCAAGCCUGUCCGGUGUGGAUAUACACUCAGAGUAACAUCACACAAGCAUCUUAUUCACCUGAGUACGUUACACCAACACAGCAAAUUUCAAAAAUGAAAUAUAUUUGCAAGAAAUCAUCAAAUCAAGAAAUGUUUGCUAUUUCGCUGUAGUCAUGCAGUCGUUAUAAUGCAAAUUUUAAACUAGACCAAUCAGUGUUCGCUAAUCGCUAUUCAUGACAGUCCGCCAUAUUUUUGAGAUCAGUGAGAAUGACCACACACGCCUGUGAUCAUUGAUGAACUUCAGACUUCGGUAAUGCUUUCGUUUUCCCGGGUGUAAAUAGUCGGGCGGAAUUAGUACCCUCGCACGGCGCUCCACGCUGUUGGCCCGGGGAAAAAUUGGCAAACUGGGCAAGGCUAUAUUUUCUGCAUUUUACAUUUCUUUGUAAUUGUACUAAUUUUAGUAUGCUCUUUCUAGCUAGUGAUUUAUUUGCAUCUCCUUGCCUAGUUUUAAAAUUAAUCUAUAAUAGGAAUUGUUAUACAGAGAAAAUUAUGAUUUUUUCUGACAGGAAAUUAGAUAGGUAAGUAAAGAUAUGAUAAAUACAUUUUGGACGAGAACCGAAAAUUUCCUAUGUUGACAGGUUGGUUGGUUAGUGAGUUGGUUGGUUAGUUUAGGAAUAUCAAUUGGAAACGAAAUGUUGAGCAACAUUAUCAUACAGGAAAUCAUUAUUUGCCAAAAUGUCGAAGUAAUAUGAGAGAAUGAGAAUGAUUGUCGAAAGGACUAAAGAACAAGGAAUAAUGAUGCUUGUGAUGUUACUUUGAGUGUGUAUCCACACCGGGCAAGCUUGAAAAAUAUGCCUGACCACGGUGGGAAUCGAACCUACGACCUUUGGAAUACUAGCCCAAUGCUCUGCCAACUGAGCUACGCGGUCUGGUUGGUUCGAGUAUGUGAUAUUUUAGAACAGAAUCUAGUUCCUUCGAUAUCAAUGUAAUCUGAUAAUCAUGAUUUUUUUUCUGUGUUGGUGUAGUGUACUCAGGUGAAUAUACUCAGGUGAAUAUACUCAGUGUACUCAGGUGAAUAUACUCAGUGACUCGAACCGACCAGACCGCGUAGCUCAGUUGGCAGAGCAUUGGGCUAGCAUUCCAAAAGUCGCAGGUUCGAUUCCCACCGUGGUCAGGCAUAUUUUUCAAGCUUGCUCGGUGUGGAUAUACACUCAGUGUAACAUUACAAGCAUCAUAUUCACCUGAGUAACCUACAACAACACAGAAAAAAUCAUAAACAAGGAAUAGCUGAAAAAAUUUACAAAAGCACGCGACGAAUGAUAAAUAAUUUGGCAAUUUUUAACUAUUGAGACAAAAUUAUUCCUCAUCCAGAUUCAGUUUCACGCUUGAAUAUUUACUUGUUUAGCUCAUUUAGUUCGUCAGUUGGUUGAUAGGUUGAUAAGUUUGUUGAUAGGCUAAGACUAAGGAAACCAGUCCGUCUUUAAAUUUCUGUCCCAAUUAGUAGAGUUAAUUAGGAGGCAGUCCUUUUUAGCGUACCUAUAUUCUGUAGUUUAUACAGUUAGCUACCUUUUUAAAUUCAUUUGCCGGUUGGGAAACAUAAAAUAAUAGAAAAAAAUUGUCAAUUAAAAUACAAUUAUCAACGAUGCUUUUUAUAACUUGCCCUUACCUCUUGUGGAGGAAAGACACUAGUAGGAGCUGGUCUCGUGAUUUGCUAAAGUCAAGUAAAUUUUCCAUUGAUGAUGUUGAUAAAUAUUUGGUAUUUAUACUUUAGUUUAUAACUUGCAUUUUGUUUUGCAACUUUGAUUUGAUUUUAAAGGAAUCCAAGACAGUCUCCACAAGAGAUAAGAGCCUGGAACGAUGUUGGUGUCACUCAACAUACAAAAAACUCCUUUUAAUUACCUAAGUGUACCGUGAUUCGUAUUAAGAUUAAUGUAUUUUUGUUUUAGGGCUAAAAGGUUGCGCCUUAUCAACGCUCAUUAUUGUUGGAGUUAUCAUAUUCAUGUUGUAUCAAUGGUUAGUUCCUGGAUCAAUGUUUCGGUAUUGGCUUUGUCGUCGGGGAUCUAUCCCGGAUCAUCAUUUGUAUUAUAGCUAUCGUGAUGAGAGCAAUAAUAGGGUAGGUAAAAAAGUUUAGUAUCGACUUUAAUUUGUUGCUGUUAAGCUGGAAAAUGGAAAUACGGAUACGAUCAUUUUCGUUUUAACAUUUUUAUGAUUAUCUUGAAAAUCCAAAUUAUUACUGUCUUGCAAUUCCAAUUAUUUGACAGUCUUGCCAUUCGUGUUUACGUCAUUGGCAAUAAUUUAAAUAAUACUGCAUGAGUCAGUGUAACAAAAUGAACCUAUUGGUUUUGAAUCCUUGAUGUGUGUAUUGAUUCGCCUGAUAUCACUUAACGUUAGAUUAUCUUGUAAUUCGAAUUUGGAAAGAUUUUGAUUUUAAAAAUAUACCAUCAAUAUGUCCAAUUCAUGCAAGAAAUGCCAAGAAUAUCGUUUGAAUUAGACGCAAUACACAGGAAAUUUCAAGCAGUUGAUUCAUGAUCAAUCCCAAAAGUGUUAAUCUGUCACCGUUUUGGUGAGAGAAUAACACUGUUAGAGUUGAGUCGACUGAUACAGAUAUUUCACAGCACUCUCCCUAUCAGGGCUUUUCAGUGACUGGUUACAUUAUGAAUAGAUAGAUAGAACCGGACUGACGUGAAGCACACCGAGGUAGACUUUGAGCUUACAAAUGGCGCUUGAGCAGCCGCUAUUAGUCCAUACCUCAUUAAUGAUCUGCCUCCAGACCUAUGUGCCUAACCCACCCUGUCAACUUUCCCUGUGGGAGGAAACACGGAGUACCCGGAGAAAACCCACGACUUUCGGCAGAGCGUUGAUUUUACUCUUUUCACAUGAGGACUGGGUUCGAGUCACAUUGAGAAGUUCUCACUGAGAUUCGAACCUGCGGUCUUAGGGAUGAAAGGCAAGUGCGCUAACCACUUCGCCACCGAAGCCCCAUCUAACCACUUCGCCACCGAAGCCCCAUCUAACCACUUCGAUCGCCACCGAAGCCCCAUCCACAGAAGCCCCAUCGAAACUUUACAGUGUAGUGUUGAGGUGUUGAAAAUAACCACAGGGACCUGGUGGGGUCUCGAAAAGGACGACAAAUGAGGAACGUCUGAUGGGGACCAGGCCCAGUGACGGAUGGAUCAAGAUUGGGGUGGGGGUAAUUUCAAUCGCUAAUUAAUCUUUUUGUUGGCGAGGGGAAUGUGUUUCCGGACAUACCAUUUUUUACAAACUUUCGAAUUAACGUACCGUAAUUUGUUGCAUUUUUCGGUAAUAUUUUCGUAAAUUUAGAUUUUUAAGAUAUUGAUUUUCAAAAUCCAUAUUUUUUAUCUUUUCCAAUGUUUUAAUUUUAGGGGCCCGUGAUAGCAGGGGCCCACAACAAGUUCUCGUCGGCUCGUCCCUAGCCUGCACGUCCCAGGUUGUCCAGCACAAGCUGGGAGACCGGGUUCAAUUCUUGGUCCCACCUCUACUCAAGAUCUUAAAAUAACUGAGGACAAAGAGCUACCUAUAUAGUUUACAUUGACAUCAGUAAAUAGUUAGACUUUAAUUUUGCGUCCUUUUCGGAUAAAGACGUUAAUCUUAGGCGCAGGGAGCAGAAGAAUCGAGUUUAUCUAAUAAAGAAAGACAAACACCGUCUUACCUUGUUAAUUGUAGUAUAUUUCGUUGUAGAAUCCCAAUGUGUACAUUAAAAAUGCAUAUUCAUUCAUCAAAAUUAUCGAAUAUGAAACCAAAAUAUGAAUUUCAACAUUAAUAUACUCCGCUGCCUUGAAUUACCGUGGACUUGACUCGUAUUUUCCGAAAAGCUAACAAACACUGGCCGAGAGAACAAACAAUAAGAAACGAAGAAAGGGGGGAAACACUACAGAUCUUUCGUUGCAUGUGCACCGCAACACCCUAUGACGGAAGUGAAUAAAACCGGCCAUUGACCAAUGACGAAGUAGAACUUCAUUUGACAGUUGUAAUUAGUAUUGGAAAAAUUUGAAUCAAUCAUGCAUCAACGCGAAACAAUACGUGGUGUUGCGGUGCACAUCGUACGAAAAUAAUCGAUGAAUAUCGGUCGUCAAAUAUGUAGGUUAAACGACCGUUUAUUAAAAUUUAUUUCCUAGCGUAGUAAGAAUAGAUAAUUUCUAGAUUGUAUACAGAAGUUAUGUUUUUUAUGAAAUGUUACACAAGUCGUAGCCAUUCUAAAAUAUGACCCCUGUGACUGUUUCCUCCCAUUCUUCGUUUCCUAUUGUCUAAUAGUCUACGUUUUGCAAAAUGUGAGCCCACAAUAAUCUAGAACAGCGGGUUAUAUUCAUUUGGUGUUCAUGUUACAUGAAUUACGAAUAAAAAAUCAUACAAUGUUUAUAAAAUGCUUGUGUGAUAUUACUCUGAGUGCAUAUCCACACCGGGCAGGCUUGAAAAAUAUGCCUGGCCAUGGUGGGAUUCGAACCUACGACCUUUUGGAAUACUAGCCCAAUGCUCUGCCAACUGAGCCACGCGGUCAGGUCGGUUCGAGUAUGCGAUAUUUCGGAAGUGAGUCUAGUUCCUUCGAUAUCAGUGUAAUCUAGUAAUCAUGAUAUUUGCUGUGUUGGUGUAGUGUACUCAGGUGAAUAAGAUGCUUGUGUGAUGUUACUUUGAGUGCAUAUCCACACCGGGCAGGCUUGAAAAAUAUGCCUGGCCACGGUGGGAUUCAAACCUACGACCUUUGGAAUACUAGCCCAAUGCUCUGCCAACUGAGCCACGCGGUCGAACUCGAAAUUCAUACUCGAACCGACCUGACCGCGUGGUUCAGUUGGCAGAGCAUUGGGCUAGUAUUCCAAAGGUCGUAGGUUCGAAUCCCACCGUGGCCAGGCAUAUUUUUCAAGCCUGCCAGGUGUGGAUAUGCACUCAGAGUAACAUCACACAAGCAUCUUAUUCACCUGAGUACACUACACCAACACAGCAAAUAUAAUGUUUAUAAACUUUAUAUAGUUUCAAGACAAUUUCAACGGACUAUAAAUUGUAAAAUAUGCAUUUUUAAUGCAUACAUGGGGAUUCUACAAUGAGAGACAUGUAUAGGUUAUCAUAUAAGGGACGAGGUGAAAAUUCAAAAAAAUUCAAUCAUUUACUGAACAAAUAUGAUUUGAGAAAAUAAAUAGACCAUUCAUAUAAAUAAUAUAGAAUUUAAGUCUUUCGUUUUGUAUUAUCGUUCUUGUGUCCUUCGAUAAAACUGUCAACAUCAACCAACACGAACCUCGAGUCGGCCAUCUUUGUUUUGACAAGUCGCGAAAUUUAGCGGGACAAAAAACGAUAUCCGGGACAAAAAGGAUAUUCGGGACGAUAUCGUUUUUAUGUCCCACUGCUUCCUGCCUGAUAAAAGGUACAAGCAUGUGGUAAUACAAUUAAGAAGGUAAGACGGCGUUUGUAUUGUUUUACAAGAUAAACUCGACUCCUCUGCUCCCUGUGUCGUAGGUACCUCGGAUCCCCUAUCAAUUAAUCGGACAAUAGCCUGUGGCACUGUUGGGAAAUCCACUCACAAUGAGUGACAAAACUCAAUAAACAAUAAUAAACUUAAUUAUCAAUUUUAAUUUAUCCGCGCAAUUUGACAUUAGUGAAUAAACGACCAUUCUAAAGAGCCGAAUCCUUCAAAAUUCAAUUAAUAAAUUUUUGAAAACAAAAAUCUUUGUCGAAAUAACUAAUUUGAAAAUCAAUUCUAUCUAUAUAGUCGCCAAAACGAAUUAUCCUAAACGUCUUUUAUACUUUCCAUUAGAAUUUUCGUGUACAUGGAAUUGAAUUUACCUGGAAAAGACUGCAGGGUAAAGUUGGAUUCAACUUCAUACGAAAUCCGAGAGAAAAAGGUUAGUACUAUAAUAUAUUAAUAAUAUGCAUAAAGAUAUUGCUCGACUGUGAUUGGUUGAUUUCAGUGCAGUUAUCCCAAACAGCAGUGCAAUUUCUGUAAUCACAGUGCGAUUUUCUGUAAUCACAGUGCAAUUUUUUGUAACCACAGUGCAAAAAUCUGUGACACACUUAUCUGAUUGGUGGAAAAACAUUGUGAUGAUUAAAUCAACCAAUCAGUUUAAAGCAGAUUAGUUUAAAGAAUUAACGGUCACAGAUUCCUUCAAAACAGAACAAACAUGGCGCCACGCCACGCCACGCCAGAUGAAAUGAAAGUUUUCUUCGGUUGAAAAAUAUAGUAGCUUUAUCUUUUUUUUAAAUGGAAAAGCGUUUGCCUUAAGCAAGACUAACAAAACUUACAUAGUUGAGUGGAAUCUUCAAGCUGUUAGCGUUGUAUAAUGUGAUAUAACAAAGCCAGGAAAACUUUGCUACUUCGCUAUAUUAAACGUAAGUUAAAACGGCAAUUGUCUCGAACAUUUUUAUGUAAAUUAUUAAUUAAUAAGUAAUAGCAUGGUUUCUCGUAAAAUUUGGAUAAACAUGCACUCGUGAGUUUUUCAAAGACCUCAAAUAGCACUCGUCCUUCGGACUCGCGCUAUUUUGAAGUCUUUGAAAAACUCACUCGUGCAUGUUAUAUCCAAAUUGCACUCGAAAUCAUGCUAUUACCUAUACUAACAAGCAGGGAUGCAACUUCCGCGACGUCUCGAGCGAAGGCUCAUCGAUUGGAGUUACAGUCAACAAUUAUGCACAUCAACAAUUAUGCACAUAAAUUUAAAUGAAGAGAAUAUAUUACGUUCUAUACAGAAGCUGCGAUCAAAUACAGCAUGUGGUCCCGAUCGAAUCAGGUUUCGGCAAAUCUGCUAAAGAUAGCGAAAGAGGCCAUAGUUCCGUCUUUAUUAUCCAUUUUUAAAUCAAGCGUAACAAUGUCCAUCGUUCCUGACACGUGGACAAAGGCAAGAAUAUGUGCUAUUCAUAAGAAAGAGGACGAAACAGAGAGAACUAAUUAUCGCCCAAUUUCAUUGUUGUGUUUGCCAGGAAAAUUUUUGGAAUCAAGUGUAUGUUCAAGUAUAAUAACACAUGUAUAUGAAGAAGGACUAAACAAUGAACAUCAGUGGGCGUACAAAAAAGGUUCUUCGUCCCAAUUAUUAUUGAUAAAAAUGACAGAGCAUUGGAGACGCGUUUUGGAUAAUAGAGGAAUAGUUGGGGUAGUGUUUGUGGACCUAAAAAAGGCUUUUGACUCUAUUUCGCAUCCCCUGCUCUUAUUUAAACUUCAAGGAAUGGGUAUCUCCGGGGACACAUGCAUGGCUUUGGAUCAAGGAUUAUCUUUCAAAUAGAAGACAAGUAACAACUGUCAAUGGCUACGAGUCUGAGUUAAUGGACGUAGAAUUUGGAGUACCACAGGGUUCUGUGCUCGAACCCGACCUUUUCGCGUUAUUCAUUAAUGAUAUGCCAAAUAUAACAGAAGGAGAAGAAGACGCAGAAAUAGAAGUAUUUGCGGACGAUACAACCAUUUAUGUCGUAGGACCAACAGUAGACAUUGUAACAUCGAGAUUAAACGAGAUCUUACGCAAAUUUUGGGAUUGUUGUACUAAUAAUUCACUUUCACCCCAUCCAGGAAAAAAACGGAAUUCAUGUUAAUGAAGGGAAAAUCAUUUAUAGGCCAUGUGAAGGCAAUAAAAUUAGGGACUUAUAAAAUCAAACAAGUACAGUCGACAAGAUGCUUAGGGAUGGAGUUGGACGACGAAAUGAAGUGGUCCAAACAUGUCUUGAAUACAAUAAAAUCCUUCUCUUUCAGAAAAUCAAUCUUCUGAAAUCCCUGUAUUUCUUGCCAAAGAAAGCUAGGAUAGUCGACUUUCACAAUAAAGUUAUACUCCCGUCGAUAACUUAUGGCUUAUUCUAUGGGGAUCAUGUAACAAGAGUCUGUUCAAUGACUUUGAAAAGAUGCAUUUGCGAGCAGCAAAAAUCAUUUUCUGCCUGGACUGGAACACACCCACAAAUGAUGUUAUAAAAAUUUGCAAUUGGAAAACACUUAGACGAAUAUAUUUAGAAUCGUUGCCAAAGUUGACCCAAAACGGCCAAAAGAGUUAUUAUCAAGUCGUUCCUACGGCUAUAGCUGAUCUCUUUGUAAAACGCUUCUGUGGGUAUAAUUUAAGAGAAAGAAAUUGUUCGUCUUUACCGAAAGCAAGGACAGAAAUUAUGAAAAAGUCUAUUAGCUAUAAAGGACAAAUUUUAUGGAACAAUUUGAACAAUGAGACAAGAGAAAUAGAAAGUUGCAAACAAUUUUCAUAUUAAGUUCUUUGUAUGUUUGCAUGGUGCAUGAUAAAAUAUAAUAGGUUGUUUGUGGAAACACCACGUAAAUUUAUAUUAUUAUUAUACAUAUUAUUAGCACUGAUGAAGAUCCGGGCUUACGGAUCGAAAGCUUUGCAGUAAUAAAUUUACGUGGUGUUUCCACAAACAAAACCUAUUAUAAUUUUCAUAUUGUAUAACUAGUUUAGGAUUACGCGAUUCAAUGUUUAAAUAGAGCUUUAUUAGUAUAAUCUAACUAUAGAUAGAUAAUUAUGUAACCCACUACCCUAUCAGCUCUGUCUGUAUUUAAAUAUCGUGGUUAAAUAAAUGCUUUAACUAACUAACUAACUAACUAACUAACUAACUAACUAAGUACUAGUAGGGGUCGGGAAAAUUACAUAAAAGCGAUCAGGUGACAAAAAUAAACUAAUCAGUCAAAGCAAAAUAUCAACAAAAAAUGUAAAUCACAUUACGGAAUAUCGGAAUAUAUGAAUACAAAUAUACAGAAAACUACAGCAGAAACAACAAAACAUAUGAAGCAAGUAUGGAAUAAGGAAAUAAUUAAAGUACUGUAAGUGACUGCUUUAAUUUUGACAGGCAAAGAGACAGUUAGAUAGAGUUAAACUUAGCUAGGAAAAAUGUUCAUUGAUGCCGCAGCGGUGGACUGUGCCAAGUGUGGAAAUGAGGCGUCCAGAAUUAGGACAGAAGGCUCGAAUUUCCAUAUCUGAAACAUUGUGAUUGCCAGUAUUAAAGUGUCUGGCAACAGCUGGUUAGCAUCAUUACCAAUGAUUACAUGCCGAUGCUCACCAAACGUUGUCCUAUAUAUAUAUUUGUAAGUACCAAAUCAAUUAGAUAUAAUUGCUAGAAAUUAUGUAAUUUAUCAUUAUGACCACAGUUCUAGAUCCUAGAUCGCCAUGAAGGAACAAUGAAGUCACGAUUAGUCAAUGAUAAUUAAAUUAAACUUAAGUUGCUUUCCAAAAAAUUGAAAAAACUACCAAUCACUAUUUUGCUUUAUUUUACGUUCACAUUUACCAUCAACAAUAAAAAAGUACAAAUAAUAACGGCUUAUUGACCAAUCGUGAGGUCUGUACUGGGAAAUAUCAGACCAGAUUUUUUAGUAUGGACUGGGCGACGAAGGGGCGAGGUUCAUGCAAAAAACAAAGGUCUGAUAUUUCACAGUACAGACCGAACAAGCGAGCUCAAUAAUUGGUUUAUUAUAUGGCUGAACUGAGUCUGUGAGCAUAUGCUUUUCGCGACAAUUAAAUCGGCUAUCGUCAUCAGUUUCACGAGGUAACAAUACGUGGUAGGCAUGCAUGCUCAAUCAAAAACAAUUUUGUUUUUCAGGUAAAGCACAAUUGGAAAAUUAAAAAGCAAAAUUUUUUUCUGUUUGCAAAGCAAAUAUUUCCCGCCAGAUAAACGACAUCCGGGACACCGGUCCAGAUACGGAAAAUACGGACCACGGUCCGGAUAUGGGUUUUACGGACCGCUUGUCAACCAAUCAGAAUAGAGAAUUUUGAAAAGCCAUAUAAUAAAACUAAUUAUCUCCCUCCUUAAUUUCCCUGCCCGCAAGACCCUCCCCUCAAAUAGCCGGGUGUUACUAUUUGGGUUUUAAUGUGCUUUGGCAAACCUAUAGGUAAACCAGCAGGCAAAAUUGUUUAAUUUCCGUUUGUAGAAUGUCACGUACGCUACUAUCUCAACGUAGACCGCUGUGCGUACUACUGGGCAGACGGUGCAGCAGGAAACAAUAUUGGUGGUCGUAAGUACAUUGGAGGAUCAAGAGUUCUGUCUGCCGAACGGAAAUCUGUUAAAGAUUGUAUAGUUUAUAAACUGGUGGAAGCGAACGAUGAAGUGAGCAAUGAGAAUGCUACUUGGCAGAAUGUAACAACUCAGAGUAGAGUAUCAUGUAUACCUAUGCCUUAGAAAUAAGUUGGUAUGCAGGAUUGUGUGUGAAGAUAGAGUUACGCGAGCAACAAAAUUGCUGCAACUUGUAACUAAAUUUGAUUCAGUCAACGCAUGUUGAGUAGAAAUGUCGGCGCAUGUUGCCUUGUGAUUUGUAAUUUAUGUGUAAACAUUUUCAAUUAACAUGCGUAGAAAUUAGAUUUUGUUGCAUUUGGGCAGCAAUUUUGUUGCUCAUGUAACUCCACCUUAAUACCGAGAUGAGGGAUAUGUGGCUAAACCUGGAUAUUAAUUGAAUUAAAAAAUUGUUCAAUAAUUAACCGAGCCAUCUUUUGCUCCCUCUAAAUUGUACACUAUUAUAUAGAAUCCCCCUCUUAAGCUAGUGCUCCAGUCCUAUAUGAGUUUUGGACCAUUGUAAAAAAGUAAUAUAUCUUUAAAGAGUAAAAUAAUAUUAUCUGGAUUUUGGGCACCUCGCUCGAUAGCAUUAAAUGUAGAAAAAAUUCUUGUAAAUAGAAGGUAUAAAUUAGUACAAAUUUUAUACAUUAUUAGAGAAUAACUGCACCAACUCAAGCAAUCAGCUUCGAGUAUUUCAUUGCUCUACUGUACUGUAUAUAGAGUCACUAGUAACUCUAUAUAGAGUCACUAAUGUAUUUAAUAGAGUGGUUAAUAAAUUCAUAAAAAAUCACACCUAAA